GACGGCCGUGUCCAGCACGUUAAGUACGUCGCCGACAACUACGGCGGCUACAACGCGGAGGUCACAUACGAGGGAAAGGCCCACGCCCCUGCCUACAAGACUGCUGCCCCGGCUUACAAGCCUACCUACAACCAUCCCGCUCCUGCCUAUAAGCCUGUCCACAAACCCGUUUACAGCUCUCCCGCUCCGGCCCACAAGCCUGUCCACAAGUCUGGCUACAGCCAUCCAGCCCCUGCCUACAAGAGCUGCUUGCUCUUCUUCUUGCGUUUCAACACCGUCAUCAACACAUUCAUCCUCUGA